AUCAUUGUUUAAGUUCUUACAACGCACACGUUUUUACUUUGAUGUUUCAAUUAAAAACUGUAUUUUUUCCAGUUAUUAACAAAACACAAUCCUAGAUUACCACACAUGGAACCAGGCAGGAGUUGUGCUCGUUUAGCCUUGUGUCAUAAUGGGCCAUACUGGCCUGCAUUUUAAUAUUUCCGUACAAGCUCAUGUUGGUCGGUACUCAAUCAUCGGUCAUAUUCUAAUGCAAUUUUCUGAACAUCUACAAAAAGGAAACUCAUCAUAACCUUAAUAGAAACAGUGUAUAUUGGACAAAAUAAUAGUUGAGAUGGUAAGUAUUUUUACGGAAAUGACGACCAAAUGGCAGUAUUCGGAAUCCUUCGCCGAAACAAAUCUGAAAAUGCUUGAAAACGAAGCACUUUGUGAUGUCAUAUUUGCUGCCGGAAACGAACAAAAACAGAUAAAAUGUCACAAAGUCAUUCUCGCCAGCAGAAGUCCAGUAUUCUAUGCCAUGUUUUGUGGCACCCUGGCCGAAUCCAAAGACGUCAUCUACGUUCCAGAUAUAGAGUCAUCUACCCUAGAUCAUCUAUUAAGAUAUCUGUACAGUGGUAAGGUCGAAAUAAACGCAGGCACAGUUCUAAGUUUGUUGUACACGGCGAAGAAAUACGAUAUUCCUGGUCUGGCAUCUCAAUGCAAGACAUUCCUUAAUGACAACCUUGAUGCCGAAAAUGUUUGCACAGUUCUUGACCAGACAAUAGUGUUCGACGAUGAAGAGAUGAAAGCUAAAAGUUUAGAAUUUAUAAUGGACAAAUCUGAGAGUGUUUUGAAAUCCGAUGCAUUUACUCGAAUGUCAAAGUCUGGAUUGCAAGAGGUGCUUAAACUGGAGACUUUUAGCGCCAGUGAGUGCGAACUGUAUCUUGGAUGUAAACGAUGGGCUGCUCAGAGAUGUAGAGUCGCCGGGAAACAGGAAACAGAUGAACAUAUAAGACAGGAGUUGGGGGACGAACUUAUUGACCUGAUUAGGUUCCCGACCAUGACGUUGGAAGAGUUUACGGAUGUUGUAGCUUGUGAAUACGUACUGAACAAAGAUGAGAUGCUCAGCGUGUAUCGCAGUAUUGUGAAAAAGGAAAAUGUUUCCAAAUUUAAGAACAAACACCGCCUGUCGGUUAUUACAAAAUGCUUGUUUGUAAGGUUUGAAACGGUUGGGGGCAGUUGGGCAUAUGGCGGGGCACAAGAUGGCCUAAGUUUGAUAGUGUCUAAAGACUGUUACCUGAGUGGAAUCGAUAUGUUUUUGCCAGAUGUUGAAGGUUCUGUGACUGGUGUGUUGGAGCUUCUUGAGGGUACUACAGUUAUUCACACUCAGAAUGUUACGUUGCGUUACAAUAAAGGUGUUGAGCAUGUGCUUGUUGAUUUGGAAAAAUGUCUAUAUCUUAAUUCCAGGAGCGAAUAUUCCAUACGACAAAUAAUGAAAGGUUCACGUGCGUUUUAUUGUGCUUCAGCCAAAACCAAUAUAACGAUGCAAGGUGUAGAUAUGACGCUCAGUGACUUAAAGGUUGGAAAGAGUGAUAAUGGUACAACCUCCAACAUUGGACAGUUUUAUGGCUUUGCACUAUUGAUUCAUACAAAGAAAUAAAAUUAUAUACGAUCAGUCGAUUAUGACAUCACAUAUAUUUGAAAACAUAUUUCUCUUGAUUGGAAGUUAAAUUAUUGUAUUGAUGAACAUUGUUAUUGUAAUUUAAUAUGUUCUUUGUAAAUAUACUUUAAUGCAAAUGUGUAGCCAAACAAUGUGUUGCAAGUAUUAUAAUACUAUAAAUAAUACUGCUUACCAUAAAAUUGUUUGUAUAAGAAGUAAUGUUGUUUAUGAAUAUUAUAAAACGCAUUGUAAAAAGGUGAUUUCACUGUAGAUACCUUAUCAAUUAUUUGUGUUGUUUGAAUUGAUUUUUAUUAAGAUAAUAUAAUAUGAUUAAACGA